CUUUCUCCUGCUCUUCCCCCAUCGGUCUUCACCGACCUCCUCUUUCCCUGCAGCAGCCGUUAUUUCUACCCCAUGUGACCGGCCAGCUGUGUGCUCCCACUCUGUCAGCACUGUGGCCCGCUCCCCUAGGGUACCAACUCAUGCCGCGGUGCACCAAAGGCCACCAGUUCUGCCCCCCCCCCCCCUCCAGUCUUAGCUUUCUGUUGCUGGGAUCUCAGGUCCACCAUGUCACACAGCUUCUGCCGGGAGCAUUCACAGUUAUAGGUGUGAUUAGUCUAGAGUGCAAUGUCACCCAGACACAGCGGAAGGUCCCCUUGGGCAGAGCUGAGCAGAGUCUGCUUACAGGAUGGGGCCACCACUGCCACCUGCCAGAUGUGUAGGUAAGUGACCCAGUGUGGGCCAUGGGGCCCCAGCAGACCAGGGUCCCCCACAGUUGGAUCUCCCUGAGUGACUCUAGAUAACCUGUCCCACCGAUUGUCCACUGAGGCUUAGCACUCAGGCCUGAUUCUCUUAUCUGCCUUUGGUGUAGGGUCAGGAACCACUGCUAGGUAGAACAGGCAUCUGCUGGGGGCCCCAUGCUUCAACACACCUGUCUCAUUGCCUCUGCUGCUAGAAAUGUCCAUUUUGAUGGGUUCCUCUAGGGUAGGGUUGCAGCCCAUAGUUAAGGGCAGAUGGUUUAUUAUUUACCAGAGAAGGAGUGCUAGAAGUGGGUGGGAUGGAGCAAAACCAGUCUGUCCAUCCAGAUACCCCACUUCGGAGAGAAAAUGUCCCAAGCCCGUCUUUCCUGCCUGGCCCAGAGACUUGGAGACACAGGGUAAGGCCAGUUGCUGAGGCUGGGGGCUGGGCGGAGAGAGGGAGCCAGCCAUCUGCUCCCGGGGCUGACUUGUUCCAUCCUCCAUCUUCCCUGGGCCCCCAGCAUCCCUUCUUUAAGGCCCAGGAGGAGGUCGAAGAGGAGGAUAAAUAUGAGCUGCCCCCCUGCGAGGUUCCACCCCUCAGUCUGGCCCCCGCACAGUCUCUUGGCUCUAAGGAGGACUCCUUGUAUCUGGAUCGUCCUGGGCCGCUGGGUCCAUCCAAGCCGUCAGCACCCCUGCCUCAGCCCGCCAUGGCCAGAGGACUCCCCACAAAUCCUUCCUUCCCUACCCGCCCUGCCUCUGGCUACCACUUCCCGCUGAAGCCGGCAAUGAGUCUGCAGCCUGCAACCCCCAAGCCGGGACCUGUUUCUGGAAGGCGAGGGCAAGGUGCAUCUGCUAGAGUGGUGGUAACAGACCUUGCAAAGAAAAACGAUGAGGACAUCUACCUGGAGUGUGAGCCGGAUCCACUCCCAGCCUUGACUAGGACUGCAAGCUCUAAAGCCCUGAUCCCCCCAGUCCCUCUGCCAAGAACAUCUGGAUUGCCCAGGCCCAUGCUUGGUCACCAGGAGGCUCGGAAUGGAGCAGAGGAUGCCACGAUGAAAGGGUCUGCACUAAAUUGGGAGGCUGCCAGUGUAUGUCCCAAGAUCAGUUCUCAUUUGGAAAUCGUGCCAGGAGUGUCUGCAGGCCGGAGACUGUCUGUCCCCUCUAUAGCCCCCGCCCUGAGCACCUCUGCUGCUGAGGACGGAAGCCUUCUGGGUCAGCCUUGGUACUCAGGGGACUGUGACCGUCAAGCUGCCGAGAGAGCCCUGCUUCACUUCCAAAAGGACGGAGCCUACACCGUGCGCCUCAGCUCCGGGCCUCACAGUUCCCAGCCCUUCACCCUGGCUGUACUCCUCAAGGGCCGAGUCUUCAACAUCCCCAUCCGGCAACUGGAUGGCGGGCACCACUAUGCCCUGGGCCGGGAGGGCAGGAAUCAUGAGGAGCUCUUCCCCUCGGUGGCCGCCAUGGUCCAGCACUACAGGAAGCACCCGCUGCCGCUGGUGGACAGACACAGCGGCAGCCGGGGGUCCAUCUGCCUGCUCUUCCCCACCAAGCCCUGAAGACACGUGCCGCACAUCCGCCGUGGGCACGUGGGUGCCCCCUCGCUUUCCCCUCCCGCUUUGGUCUCUUUCUAUCCCCGGCCAGCCCUCCACCCCAAAGUCCCUGCAGGUUUGAAAUGAGAUGGCCUUGAGCUGGGCUGCCUGCCCCGGGUGGGGAGGCUGCCUCUCCUUAGGCAGACAAGGGAUUAGGUGCACUGACUUCUCUCGGGGAUGAACACACUCUGGGUGGGGCUAGUUUACCAGCACGCGGUGUAUUUCAAUAAACAUUUAUUG